AUGUCUUCGCAACAAGCGAAAAGUGAUGCUGCGAUUCCUUCCUGGGAUGGUUCCAAUAGAACAUGGAGGAGAUACUGUAAGGAAGUGGGUUGGUUUGUUGGUUCGACAAAAGCCUCGCAAAGACGCUAUACAGCUAGCAAACUGGUUAGCCGUUUGACUGGAAGUGCACGACUGUUAGCGAUGUCAUGGUCCCAAAGGGAAUUUGAUGGCGAGCAAGGUGUGACACUUUUACUGAGGAGAUUAGCUUCCUCUCCACUGGUCAGAAGGUCCCUUCCUAAUGCUGCUGCAAUCAUGAAUGAGUAUUUUGGAUUUAGAAAGCGCCCCAAUGAAACCAUUGGCCAAUUUUUGGUCAGGGAAACCCUUGGCUUCGAAGAAUUCCAAGAAGCCCUCCUGCAGCUCAAGGAUGAGCGUGAUGGCAUAGACCCUGCAGAGCGUAUCUUUGACCUGCCGGAAUUGACUGGCUCCUUGGAUGAGGAUGACAACUGGCGACAUUGGCAACGUCGCGAUGAUUGGCGUGGAUGGCAGCGCUGGUCGGAUCGUGGUUCUGAGCCUGAUGGCGAAGCCGCUGAACAUCGUCCUGAUGCGGCUGAGUAUGAGCAAGUGCCGCAAUCUGAGACGAAAUCUGAUCCUGGGCGUCGCAGUGCUCCAGCUGAUCCCGAUCCUUUUGAGAUGAACGUCUUGGAGAACCCCCCUGAAUUUUAUGAGUCAUGGUAUACUGAGGAUAUGUUGGUCCCUAUUCUGGUUGGCAUGGAUCACUUACGCAAAACUGGUUUGAUCUUAGAUUUUUGUGAUGGUCAUGCAGUUCAUGGUAACGAUCUUCAACCGGUACCCUACAAGAUGGAACAGAACUUCAAGGGUCACUUCAUGGUGAACAUUGUCAACUACAUGUUUGGCAGCACGGCUGACUCUGAGGCUGCGAUGUUGCAGCAGCUCACAGCAGAGUCUUUUGCCGAGGCGGCUGCGCCCUUGGAUCACCCUCGCGAACGGGGACCAGAUCCGGAAGAUCCCCGAUGCUCACCAAAGUGCUGGCCUUGUUUCAACAAGCACGGGAGCUUCGAGACCGGAUCCAACAACCACGGCCUGUGGAAGCACUGCGGAAUUUGCGGGCUUCGGACUUCAUAUGUCCCCCGAGUGAGCAGCCUGGGCAAGAAUGUGCAGAAGCUCGACAUGAAGCUGGUGACCAAUGUGAUGAACCAGCUGGAGAUGGAUCUUCGUCCUCAGGGCAAAUUGCCCAAUCGUGCUCUCUUCGAACUGCUGCUGGAAUUGAUGGAGACGGGUCAAAAGAUCUCAGGUCUCAAAUAUCAGCUGAUGCAUCUGGAAGAGCAGGCGAUGGCCCUCGAACAUCGCUACCAGAAAACCUUGAAGAUGGAUCCAAGUGCCUCAUCCACCAAGGACAUGCUGAUCAAGAAGGAGGAGACCGAGCUCAUGGGCUACCUCACCGAAGAGGAGAAAGCCAAGAUCCUAUCAGUGGUGGAAGAGCGCAAGAACAAGGAAGCAGCUCAGAUCGACGAUCCGGACUAUCUCAACUUCACCUUGGACGCUCCUGAGAAUGUCAAGGGUGUCACUUUUGAUGUGGAGUUAGAGACUGAGUCCAUGCAUGACAAUGAUGUUUUCACUGCAGCGCCCUCUUUUGAAGAUAUGCAGGCCGCAGCAGUUGAGAUCGAAUGCAUGAUGUGUUUCAACUCUAUGCAGUCCGAGGACAAGUCCAACAAACAGAAAAAUCUCAAAAACAAAAAGAAAAAGAAUUUGAAAAAGUUCCAUGCAAGUUUGAUUGAACAAUCAAGUACAGCUGGCAAGACAGUGCCACAACGUUUGCACAACGACUCCAAGAAGGCUCACUCUGGUAGCUUCAAGGAAUCUCAAUUUGCUUUGCCUUGGAAGAUUCUGAAAGCUGCUAUGACCCUUCUUACAAUGUUGACUUUGACCGCACAGACCCAGCUCAGAGAUUUUCUCCAUGGUGAACAUGUUGAUGGCUGGGAGUUCUUUUGCGCUCCAGAAAGCUGGCUCACUUCAGCUUGUCGUUCCGAAGGUUUGAGAAUGUCUAGGAUUAAUUUGCAACAAGGUUUCGAUUUGUAUCGGAAGGAUACCUAUGACAUGCUGCGAGAGAAGUAUCAAAAAGAAAAACCAAAACGUUUGUGGGUUUCAACCAGAUGUACCUAUUGGUGUCCAUUCACUUCUUUGAACUAUCGCACUGAAGAGGAGAAAUCACGCUUAGCCCAACAUCGAAGACGUGAACGAGCCAUGUUUCGAUUAUUGAUUCCCUUUUUACUGGAAGUUUUGGAACAAGAUGACAAUGUGGAAUUAUUUUGGGAGUGGCCAACACGUUGUUAUGGUUGGGAGGAUGCAGAAUUUCUUCGGUUGGUGCGUGGUCUUCAACGUUUGGGCAGGGAUUGGAACUAUGGCAGAUUGUGGAGAUCCGAGCUGUAUCCCGAAAAAUGGCUUCAUUAUUUACAUGCCCCUGUACCUCUAGAUGAUCCUCCAGAAGAUGCUCUUCACUCCUUGGGUCUUUUUGAAUUCAUGCCUGUGGAAGGCGAAGAACCUAGUGAACAAGAACGAUCACGAUGGAAUGUGCAAUUGCUGAAAUAUCACCGCGCUGCUGGGCACCCCAACAAUUAUAACCUGGCUAGAAUCUUGCGUGAUGCUGGGCGUCCAAAGUGGCAAGUGCAAGCCGCCUAUGAUCUUCGAUGUGAAGAUUGUGCUGCUCUGAAGUUGGGUGGUGAGAGUAGUGGAAAAAUUCCUCCAGCCUCAAUGCGACCACUUCCGGCCGCCUGGGAAGUUGUUGGUUUGGAUGUUAGCGAAUGGCAUCCACCUGGUUCUAAGGAAAAGCACAAGAUUGUUGUUUUCAUGGACCUAGCCACCAAGUUCAAAUGCACAUCCAUUUUGAAAUCCUAUGAUGCCUCAAAGAUGGAAUCCGAGAACUCUGAGAUGUUGUUGCAAGCUUUUAACACAGCUUUGGCUUCAGGACAAACCAAAACCGAAAGUUCUGGUGCCUGA